AUGAAACUGGAAUAUUCUAAGACUGAUUUAGAUAUAGUUAAUGCACAAUCUAAUUCCAUUACAAAAGAAUUGCAAGAAUCUAUUAAUGAUAAUGCUGUAAAUAAAUAUCAAAUUAUAUUAGAAGAAGAUUAUAAUAAUACUAUAGACAAAUAUCAAGCUAUAUCAGAGGAAGAAGAAGACAAUACUGUGGACAAACGUCAAGAAAGAGAAAACAAAGACAUUGAUGUGGAAGAGUAUCAAGAUAUAUUAGAAGACAAUAAAAACAAUAAUUCUAAUAAUGAAAUACUUGAUAAUGAA